AUGGUGAUAACACACACACUGGGUUUGUUGUUUGGAGCCUCAGCUAUCGGGGGCGGGGAUCAGCCUCGUCAGGUGACCUGGGCGCAGGGGACCGAUAACCAGGCGAUAAGAGGCUGGCCCGGGGGAUCCACUGAUUACGUCUUGUGGAGUGACCUGGCCGAGCCCAAGUUAGCAAUACGACGGUCAGACGAGCCAGAGCACGCGACUCGGCGGGACGAUCUCGCCCGGCCAGGCAAUCAGAUAUGGUAUGGUCUGGAUCCUGCUUCGCGGUAUUAA